AUGCUCUGCGCCACUAGCCGCCUCCUAGCGGCCGGGGCUGCGACUGUGCUACCCGCCCAGCCCAGAGGCCGGGGCCCCGCGCCCCGCUGCCGGCGCACGGAACUACAUUUCCCAGGGUACCGCGAGCUGCCCCUCUGUGGCUUCUCGGAGGGGAGGCUCGCAAGAUCCAGGUGCCUGCGGGUCGGAGGGCGAUCCUGAAGUGGGAAAGGAUGCCGCCUUCUGUAGACGGAGGCCUGGCAGGGUCCGAGCUGCGUCCCCGGAGGGGCCGCUCUGGGCUCCAGACUGCUAGGACCGUGCGCCCUAACAUGGCCGCCGAGGCUGCAGCGCAGAGCCCCAGACGGCCUGCUCAGGGUUCAGGGCGCUUCGAGGCGGCUGGCCAGUGGGCCCUGCUGGCCCUAGUGACGCUGCUGUCCUUCGCCACCCGAUUCCACCGUCUGGAAGAGCCUCAGCACGUCUGUUGGGAUGAGACUCACUUUGGAAAAAUGGGAAGUUACUAUAUCAACCGCACCUUUUUCUUUGACGUGCACCCACCUCUGGGAAAGAUGCUAAUAGGACUUGCUGGCUACCUGAGUGGAUAUGAUGGUACCUUUUUGUUCCAGAAGCCUGGCGACAAAUACGAGCAUCACAACUACAUGGGAAUGAGAGGAUUCUGUGCUUUCCUCGGCUCCUUGCUGGUCCCUUUGGCCUACCUCACUGUACUGGAGCUGUCCGGGUCCCUCCCAGCAGCACUGCUCACUGCUGCCCUCCUCACCUUUGACACAGGAUGCCUCACUCUGUCCCAGUACAUCCUCCUUGACCCCAUCUUGAUGUUCUUCAUCAUGGCUGCCAUGCUGAGCAUGGUCAAGUACAACUCCUGUGCUGACAGGCCCUUCUCUGCCCCCUGGUGGUUCUGGCUCAGCCUGACCGGCAUUAAUCUGGCUGGUGCUUUAGGGGUCAAGUUUGUUGGCCUCUUUAUCAUCCUGCAAGUGGGGUGCAACACCAUUUCAGACCUUUGGCAUCUGUUUGGAGACCUCAAUCUUUCAGUGGUGGCCGUAGGAAAACACCUGGCUGCUCGCAUCCUGUGCCUCAUAGUGCUGCCUCUGGCUCUCUAUACGGCCAUCUACGCUGUUCACUUCAUGGUGCUGAAUAAAAGUGGCCCUGGCGACGGCUUCUUCAGUUCUGCCUUCCAGUCCAGGCUUUCAGGAAACAGCCUUCACAAUGCUUCCAUCCCUGAACACCUGGCCUAUGGCUCUGUGAUCACUGUGAAGAACCUGCGGAUGGCCAUCGGCUACCUCCACUCCCACAGGCACCUCUACCCUGAGGGCGUUGGCGCCCGCCAGCAGCAGAUCACCACCUACUUGCACAAGGACUACAACAACCUGUGGAUUAUCAAGAAACAUAACACAAACUCAGAUCCCCUAGACCCUUCAUUCCCAGUGGAGUUUGUAAGACAUGGAGACAUCAUUCGACUAGAACACAAAGAGACUUCUCGGAACUUGCAUAGUCACUAUCAUGAAGCCCCCCUGACCCGGAAGCACUAUCAGGUCACUGGCUAUGGCAUAAAUGGGACAGGGGACUCAAACGAUUUCUGGCGGAUUGAGGUUGUAAACAAAAAAUUUGGAAACCGGAUCAAAGUGCUGAGAAGUCGAAUUCGCUUCAUCCAUCUAGUCACAGGUUGUGUCCUGGGCUCCUCAGGAAAGGUCCUGCCCAAGUGGGGCUGGGAGCAGUUGGAAGUUACCUGCACCCCUUAUUUAAAGGAAACUCUCAACUCCAUCUGGAAUGUGGAAGACCAUAUCAAUCCCAAAUUGCCAAACAUCAGCCUGGAUGUGCUGCAGCCCAGUUUUCCUGAGAUCUUGCUGGAGUCCCACAUGGUGAUGAUCCGGGGGAACAAUGGCCUCAAACCCAAGGACAAUGAGUUCACAUCCAAACCCUGGCACUGGCCUAUCAACUAUCAGGGCCUGCGCUUCUCAGGGAUCAAUGACACAGACUUCCGAAUAUAUCUGCUCGGCAACCCGGUGGUUUGGUGGCUGAACCUACUGAGCAUCACCCUCUACCUCCUCCUGGGGAGCUUCAUUGCUGUAGCUGUGCAGAGAGGGGCACAUCUGCCGCUGGAGGUUGAAGGCCUGUCCCAGGUGCUGCUGCAAGGAGGUGGUCAGCUCCUGCUGGGCUGGGUGCUCCAUUACUUCCCAUUCUUCCUCAUGGGCCGGAUCCUUUACUUCCAUCACUACUUUCCAGCCAUGCUCUUCUCCAGCAUGUUGACAGGCAUUCUGUGGGACACUCUCUUGCGGCUCUGUGCCUGGAGCCUGGCCUCCUACUCCCUGGCCAGGGGUGUCCAUGUAGCUGGAAUCCUGAGCCUGCUUCUGGGAGCUGCCUACAGCUUCUACCUCUUCCACCCGCUGGCUUAUGGGAUGGUUGGUCCCCUAGCCCAGGACCCCCAAAGUCCAAUGGCAGGACUAAGGUGGCUGGAAUCGUGGGACUUUUGAGACUCCAGCCUGUGUCCAGGAAUGUCCCAGGGACAACCAGCUGUGGAGCCUCCCCCCAGGUCCUCCCAGCUUCAGGGAAGCUGCCUGAGGAGCCUGAGGAAUCCUGCCGCCUGCCAGGACCAAGCUCUGGGAGCAUACCCGGAUGUUAACCCAGUGCUAGAGAGAGCUACAGCCCUGUCUGCAGAGAUCCCACCACUGGGAAUGGCUCAGCAAAACACAGCAUUUCUCAAGCCCAUUUCCCUGAGUGUGCAACAUGAGGAAGGAUGAGUGUGCAACAGUGCGUGUGAGUGUGAGGAUACAUUUGUCCAUAUACCUGUGGAAUAUAGACCAUGACUAUGGACAGCUGAGUGUCAUAAACUAAGAAACAGUCCAGGGCUACAGUAGUAUUUUCUGGCAUUUCUUUCACACUGGGUUUGGUUUGUAAGUAAGAGCCAUCAAAAAUUCUCUAACCUCUAAGAGGGCUGAGGUCACUCAGGCCACUGUGGGGUAUCACCAAGGGCAGAGCCGGUGGGACCAUCAGAGUUUGCUGCCCUCCUUCCCACAGGCAAAUACAGCCGAACACCCCUGAGCUGGGGGCCUGGCCUGCCAGCUGUUUCCCUGUGUGGCUUCCUUCUCUGUGGCAGUAGGUGGCUAGACUUCCUGCCUGCAACAUGCACAGAGGACUGAGCGCUUCAGAGCGAGGUGGCUGAGAACUCACCAGCCCUUGGGUGGCCCUCCUGAGCCCUUGGCUCCUCACGGCCUGAGAAUGUCGCAUGAUGGGACUGGUGGGUGAGAUGGCGUCCUGUCCUGGACGGCUGUGUUCCCAGGCCCAGGGUGCUGGGGGUGGUCUCUUGCUGCACCUCCUUCCCCCUGCAUCCAGCCUCGCUAUCAGGACAGGACAGGUGCUUCCCCUGGUGACUGCGCACCUCUGGGGCCCCUUUCUUAGCAGCUGAUAUAGAUGUGUGGCAGAGCCGGUACCUGUGUGGUGCAGGGCUGGGGUCCCCGUGGGGUGCCGGGGUGUGGGCUGCUCCAACCUGACUGCGCUGAGUUCCUGUCACUCACUAGGCAUUUCCCGCCUUUACUUCUCUAGUCCUCCCCUGCCGACACCUCCUUUCACUCCAUUUCCCUUUCUCUGUCACUGUUUCACCAAUAUCUUUUCCCCCAAAGACCCAGAGCACCUAGAAAUGAUUCAGAGUUUCUUUACUCUACCACUUUGAAGCCCAAGCAAGAAGCUCCAAUCUGUUCCUUUUACUUCCUUCCCAAAUAAAGGGGAUUAAGAAAAGCUUUGGGUCAGAAAUGAAGCAACCCAAGGCCAGCCCUUCAGCCUUCCUCCCUCCUCCCGGUGCAUGACAAAAUAUUUAUUUUGUCUCAGAGGACUGUGAUGCUUCGAGGUCUAAUGAUGAAUCCCUCCUCUGUAUCCGCCACCAAAUCUGACAGGGUCAGAGCUCUUCAGAGCAUCUUCAGGAGGCGGUUGCCACGGAGACUGGAAAUUGGUCCUGGGGACAGACUGUGCUACCUACUGGGUGGUGGGGAGGGGAGCUUCUGGCCACACUUGAAUGUUCAGACCAACCAUCAUUAAUGUUAAUAGAGGAAAUACAGCAAUGUCAAAAGCAAGGCAAGUUUGUUAAUUAGAUCUGGGGCCUGAUGACCUCCCUCUCUCAGGGCUCCAGCCCUUUUGACUUCCCCCAGCAGGAAACACUGCCUGGUGUGGAGUCUGGGCUGCUUACUUAAUUGCAUUUCUGGAAGGGAAGGAGAGCAGGGACAGAGAACCUCUGCUCAUCCCUCGGCCCCACUGCUGCCCCUUCUCUCCCUCCUGUGGGUGGACUUGGUUUCUUCUGAGCUGGGUGGGGGCAGAUGGGUGGGCUCUUCUGGAGGUAGAGGGCAAGAAUGUGUGCUUUAGCUCAUUAGCAAAGAACAGUGGCACCAGUGACAGCCAGGAGGUGGCUGAUGUUCCCUGGUACCUUCUUAGGAUCUUGCUGGAAGGGAGGAGCUCAAAGGAGCCAGAGAGGCAGCCGCUCUGAGUGAGGGGGAGGAAGGAGGCUCAUUUGGCCACACCACGAAGGGUUCCUCUCUCUCCCUGGCUUUCCAUGGAUGGAAGGAGUAUUGUCUGCUUCCUUCUUCCUCCUCCCUGCCCAGCCCGGCAGAUACUUCUCUGGGGAGAAGGCCACGUGGUCGACACAGCUUUGAGUGCUCAGGUUUGUUGUUGGAAAAUGCCCGGGAGAAGGGCUGUCAGGAUGGUGCACUGAAUGUGGGCUUCAGCCCCUGGAAAUUGGCAAAAAUGUGACAUGCCCCACAAACUUGCUGGUGGAGGAAGAAGACAUUGUUAGGCCAACCUGCAGCCAGCUGCUUUAGCUACAUUUUAUGUAUUUUUAAAAAGUUUCCACAUAUGAUCGAGGCCAUUACUUUUGCAAUAAAUAGCUCUUAUUUUGAA